AUGGCUAUUCCAAACGCCGCCCUUCAAAAGCUCCUCCAAGAGGUCGAGACGCAAGCGCUUCUUUCUCAGCAGAAGAUCACUCAAACGCAGGCAGAACUUGGUGCCAAACGGAGAGAUGCACGCCUGAAUCACCUUACAUCCAAUGAGUUGAAAUCUCUGUCCAAAGACACAAACGUCUACGAGGGCGUUGGCAAGAUGUUUGUCGCAGUCCCGAUCACCACUCUGAACCAACGCUUGACUACCGAGUCGACCACUUUAAACAAGGACAUCGCAGACCUGGAGAAGAAACUGCAUUAUCAAGAGACCACCUACAAGAACAGCCGCAGUCACAUUGAGAAGAUUCUUCAAACAGGCUCUCGUCCCUGA